AGUUUUAGUGAGAAUACCGAACAGGAAGCACCUGUAGCACUUCGGUUGCGUUUUGGUAGCUACAAUGGUUUAUCCUUGUCUAACAACUCGUUCCCUAACCCUUUGAACUGAUUAUCAAGUGUUGAAUGAUCGUUCCUGAACGAUCUCUGUGAACCCUAGUGAUCGUCGAAAAGGUGAAAAAAAAAUGUGAACAAGUGCCCAAAAUUUAAUGAAAAAAUCUUCAAUUUCAAGUACACGAUGAAUAGUGCUAAGUGACGCAUUUUAAGAAUAGUUCAACUGUGAAACUACAAAGAGAUCGAUGAUCUCUAUCAGUAAAAUGAUUUAAAAGUGCUUUUUGAUACAAUUUCUCCAAGUUUUUCUCUCAGCAUUGGAUUAUCUCUAAUCUCUGGGAUUAUUUUUGGAUUACACGUUGACGGAUUUGGUGGAAGGUGAAAAAAAAUUCAAAAUACAGUUGAUGUAAAAUGCCAACGGGAGGCGCUGAAGCCGUGGAGGAUCGUUCUAUACGGUCCUCUAGGGUUGAUCAAUUUCUGCAAUCAUCACCUGGCAGCAGUUCAGGUACUCCCACUUUGCUGAGGAGUUCCUCAGGUGGUAGAAACCCAUCCUCAGCUCCGGGAUCUGCCAACUAUGAAGCUCAAUUGGCUUAUCAGCAUCACCUGGCAACAGGAAUGCUCAGUCCAGCAGCUCAACAUCAUCACCACCGAGAAUCCUCGGCUUUUGUACCCGUCCUGCCCUCUCGAUCCCUCAGAGCUUCCAUGUACCCCGGUCUAUUGGAUGGACCUGACCAAUUGCCCAAAGAUGGCAAAAGGGGCUCAGGGUAUGAAUUGAUUGCCAUGAUGGCGGACAAGAGAAAAGAAUUGGCACUGAGAGAGGCAGCAGCGGCCAUGCUAAUGCCAAGGGGCAAUCCCGGACAGGGACCAGCUCCUCCACCAGGACUCUAUCCACCUGCAGCAGCUUUCCUUGCUGGACCAAGUCCAUCCCCAACGGCUGCUAAUACUUUCACAUUCCCACCCACCGCUAGUGGCCUCUUUCCGCCCGGAGUCCCUCCAGGUUUGCACUCUGGUCUGGAUAGGCGACUCCUCCGAGCACCUGGUAGGGCAUCUAGGCCCAAAAAGCAGUUCAUCUGCAAAUUCUGCAAUCGCCAGUUUACCAAGUCUUACAAUCUCCUGAUUCACGAACGGACCCACACGGAUGAGAGACCCUACUCCUGUGACAUCUGCGGCAAGGCUUUCCGGAGACAGGAUCAUCUUAGAGAUCAUAGGUACAUACAUUCCAAGGAGAAGCCUUUCAAAUGCAUGGAGUGUGGCAAGGGCUUCUGCCAGUCACGCACGCUGGCUGUCCACAAGAUUCUCCACAUGGAAGAGUCUCCGCACAAAUGCCCUGUCUGCAGCAGGAGUUUCAAUCAGAGAUCCAAUCUCAAAACCCAUCUGCUUACGCACACGGAUCACAAGCCAUACGAAUGCUCAUCCUGCGGGAAGGUCUUCAGGAGGAACUGCGAUCUCCGGCGACAUGCCCUGACGCACGCUGUUGGGGAUGUUCCGGGAGAAGUGCUGGAUGUCGGAGAGGAGGAGAGGCACUUGACGGGAGAUGAAGAGGACACGGUUCUGGAAGUUGAUUCUCCUGAUCAUUCCCCUGUCAGACGACCUGAGCCUUCGACCUCUCGUGCUAGAUCUCCGUCAAAGGGCCCGCCCGCAGAAGAAGAUCGCGACUGUGUCAAUCCUGAAGAUGAACCUGAUGAUGAAGAGGAAGACGAAGAUCCUGAGGUAGAUGAAGGCAAGGAAACACAUACGCUCCCUCCUCAGCCAAUGACCUCAGAGGCAGAACAUGCUGAAGUGACUCAUUGUCACCAUGAAGGAUCUCAUCAGUACACCAUGAGACCUUCAAACUCUGAUCCCUCAUUUCCAUCUCGAGGUCCACCUUUGGAUAUCCUGCAGCCACAGCAUCGCACCAACAUUCCUCGGCAGCAGCCCAAGCCUGAGCCCUACGUUCCCAUGCUCCAUGUUCGGCGAGAUCUCCAUCACAAGGCUCCAAGUGUGCCCCCUACUGCAACGGUGACCAGUGGCCUCUUGGAUCCAGGAGCAGCUUUCCUAGGGCAUAUCCCUAUACGGAAACGACCCCUCGGACCCGAUGGGGAACCCAUACCCUUACUCCCACCACGACACAUCCUCAAUCCGCACCACCUGGGACAUCCUCUGUCGAUGCCCCGUCAUGCUCCUCUGCUUAAGCCACCUGAAGAACUCCUGCUGCCUCCACCUGUGGUGGCUCCUGAUCCUGCAGCUCCACCACCAGCAGCUCCACCGCCGCCUCAAGUCCCAGCUGCUCCGCCCCGAAAGACUGGCUUCAGCAUCGAAGACAUCAUGAGGCGCUAACGAAAGACUUGCGCGAGGCGACGAACCCACCAAGUGGACAAAUCUAACCUCUAGCUCCAAGACUUAAUCUCUCUUCCGAGACCUGUGGCAGGUAUUUAAUUAUUUUUCUAUAGGGGACACUUAGGAUAACAAGAGUCUGGUUCUUCUCUGGAAUAAAGGAGUUUCUUUGCAAAAUAUUUCUGGAGCUAUUUUUUUUUUAUAAAAUUAUUCCAUUGAUUUUUUGAAAUUCUUGAACAAAACUCUGUGAGAAUCAGCAAUAUUUUCAACGCCUUUCCUUAAGCACAGAGACCCCUGCUAUCAACGUGAUAUGAUAAAGUAUCUAAAUGGAGAUGGAAAUAUCGAGUUGUGAUGCCAUUUAGCAUUAUUUAUUGGCUACUUGAAUUCAAUGUCCAGGGAGAGGGGCUGGAGAAUGGGAAAUGGCAUCAAAAAGCCAUUAAGAAACAUCACGCAUAAGAAACUGCAAAUGGCUUAUUUUUUUAUUAUUAUUUUGUGAACCUCUCAAUUUCCUUCUUAAUGUCCAUCUCUUUUCCAUGGACAAGGCAUUCUUAACUCCUGAGAACGUAAAAAAAAAGAAUUUUUUUGCAGCAUGUUUUUUUUAAUGUCGAUAGAGACACAUUAAGAUAUUUGUAUAAUUAAUGUUCAAUUUCUUCUUCCAUCGCACUGUUGGAAGAUUAAUAAGUAUUGUUAUGUACUUAGUGGGUAAGAGAACAUUUAUUUUAAUUGCAAAAGUCGAUAAGAUUUAAUUGUAUACCUUUGUUUUCUCAAAUCACCUGCAGCAGAAUUAUUUAAGAUAAGGCAAAUGAGUUAAGACGAUAGUGUACAUAAGACAGCUACACAAUCUAAUUUAAAUCUCGAUGAUUCUCUUUUUUUUACAAAAUUCACUUUUUGCUUUAGGUGAAAAAAUUAAGAUUAAGGCCUGAGAUUUUUUUCUCGUUAUUGUGAGGAAGAAUUUCUAGAUUUAUUUUAAUGUACAAUUUGUUUUUAUCCCAAGUGUAACGCUAUAAGAUCAUUAAGGUUAUUAUGUGAUUACUUAUCUCAUAUAUUAAUGUAUUAAGGCAGGCAAAAAAAAGCUAAUAAAUAUAAAUUUGAUUCUCA